UGCAUGAAUGUGUAUUUGUGUCAAUGUUGAUGUAUUUUGUAUGUCCCAUAAGCCAUUGCUCCUGGUGUGUCCUCAGGAGCUGGAGAAGCGUGCGAAGGCCCUGAAGGACAGCAGUGAGGAGCUGAGGAAGGAGGUGUCUCAGAGGAGACAGGAGAUACACAUCCUGCUGGAGGACGUGGAGGCCAGGCACAAACUGAUGACCAGGGAGCAGAGAGAACUGGACCACAAGAAGGACAUCAUAGUAAACAACCAGGCUGAGUUGGCCCAGCUUCUGUCUGUGCCUGGCCAGCUGGGGAAGGAGAUUGAGAGGAUCAACAGGAAGAAGAUGGACGUUGAGAAAAGUAAGGCGGCCCUGGACGAGCAGCUGUCUGAGGUGACGGCUCUGCAGAAGAUGACGGAGGCCCGCUGUCGCUCCCUGGAGGAGGAGAAGAGGGAGGUGAGGAGGCAGGUGGAGGGGCGCAGGGCACACCUGGAGGCUGCCGAGAGGGAACACAGCAUGCUGCAGAAAGAGCAGGAGAUGACCAAGGAGAAGGAGGUCAUUAUGAUGGGACAGAGAGGUAUGCUGGACAUCAAUACAGGCCACUGCAUCAUGGAAAGGAAGAGCGUGCAUGAGAACCUGGCACGGAAGCAGCGUGAGAGGGACCGGCAGCUCAGAGAGCUGAAGAAGGUGGAGCUGCAGCUCAAAAUGGCCCAGGAUGCACUGGUCCACACUCAGCUACUGCAUGACAAGACCAAGUCUACGGAGAGGUUGUUGUUACAGAGGGAUGCCAAACCCAAAAGUGACAGGAUUCUAAAGACGAGACAGGAGAUACAGUUAGAAGUGGACAAGCUGAAGAGAAACUUGAUUCAUCAGCAACCAGUAGCUGAGGUGGAGACCCAGCUGAUAGAACAGUGUGUGGAACAGGAGAAGGAGCUGAUGAGACAGUCUCACAGACACAGAGAGGAGCUCCACACCCUCCGCUGUCUGACUCAGAUCAAAGCUGAUGAGAGAGAGCAGAAGUCCAGGGACCGCCACAGGGCUGAGCAAAGAUACAAUCGCAUCAAGCAAGAGGUGAGAGGCAAGAGUCUGGUGAUCCAUGAACUCAAGAAGCAGAACCAGGAGGUCCAGUCCAGGCUUGGUGUGUUUGCCAAGCUGUACGACAACAUCAAGGGUGAUAGGAACAAGUGUAUGAACCUGAUCCAGAUGGCCUCCCAGAGAACAGCUGAGAUGAGAGAGAAGUUCAAGAUCCUGGACAACGAGAUUGAGAUCCUCAGAACCAACGCCAUCAACAAAGAGAAGCUGCUCCAGAAGUCCCGUCUGAAGCACUUCCACAGCCACACCGUCAGAGACAGCCUGAGGAACGACAUCUCCAAGGUGACCCAGGUGCUUCAUGAGAUGAGACAGAAGAGGGAGGAGCAGAAGCUGAACCUGGGCCGGCUGACCCACAUGAUCAACUACCAUGAACAGAACCUGCUACAGAUGAGGAAGAGCCACGACAACGCUGUGCAGAGUCGCAAUGACAGAGGGGUACAGUUGCUGGAGCGUGAGGAGGAGAUGUGUAUUUUCUAUGAGAAGGUGAAUGUUCAGGAGGGCCUGAUCAGAGACGGUAACAUAGAGAUGCAGGUGCUGGAGGAGGAGACGUGCUGCCUGCAGAUGAUCACCAAGGAAGAAGGAAGACAGACAGACCUCAGGAGGAAACUGGUGCCCUGCCAGAGGAGACUGGAGGGAGAGAGCACCAUGCUGCAGAUACAGCUGUCAGAGUGUAAGGAGCGUAUGUUGGAACUAGAGAAGGCCUUGGAGGAUCCAGGACAGGAGAACAGGGCCAGAGAGCUGGAGGGGAACGACCCAUCUCCAGUUGAACUCAUCCAGAAGAUAGAACAGUUGGAGGUUGGCUUGGCGGAGAGGGAAGAGCUGCUCCUGGAGAAGGACUUGGUGUUUGAGCAGGUGACCCGGCUUUCUCAGCGAAUCAGAGCUAAGGCCGAGAACGGCAAGCAGGACACACUGCAGCUAGCCAAGAAGGUGAAUGAGUUGCAGGGCCGUAUCAAGGAGUCAACCAGGAGGAUGAUGGCCGUGGUGUCUGAGUUGUCGAUGCGCCAAGCCAGCGCCAUGACCCUGCAGCAGGAGCUGAAGGAGAGGGAGCUGUUCCUGGACACCUGCCACCGGCGCCUGGACCAGGGUCUGCCCCCCUCUGAAGACCUGGAGCUGGAGUGUCAACACAUUCUCCGGGAUGAGCAGCGCAGACGGGCCGACCAGCAGGAGAAAGACAGGCUGGUGGAGGAGGAGGAGAGGUCCCAGCUCCCUAGUGGGGUGUACACCACAGCCGAGGCCCGACCCAAUGCCUACAUCCCCCUGGGGGACACCCUGCCCCUGCCCAAGCCCUACGGAGCCCUGGCCCCCUUCAAACCCUCCGAGCCCGGCACCAACAUCAGACACAUUCGCAAGCCUGAACCAAAACCCAUUGAGAUAUAGACCUGGACCAAACCCAUUGAGAUAUAGACCUGGACCAAACCCAUUGAAAUAUAGACCUGGUCCAAACCCAGUGAGAUAUAGACCUGGACCAAACCCAUUGAGAUAUAGACUUGGACCAAACCCAUUGAGAUAUAGACCUGGACCAAACCCAGUGAGAUAUAGACCUGGACCAAACCCAUUGAGAUAUAGACUUGGACCAAACCCAUUGAGAUAUAGACCUGGACCAAACCCAUUGAGAUAUAGACUUGGACCAAACCCAUUGAGAUAUAGACCUGGACCAAACCCAUUGAGAUAUAGACUUGGACCAAACCCAUUGAGAUAUAGACCUGGACCAAACCCAGUGAGAUAUAGACCUGGACCAAACCUAUUUAGAUAUAGACCUGGACCAAACCCAUGGAGAUAUAGACCUGGACCAAACCCAGUGAGAUAUAGACCUGUACCAAACAUAUUGAGAUAUACUGUAGACCUGGACCAAACAUAUUGAUAUAUACUAUAGACCUGGACCAAACCCAGUGAGAUAUAGACCUGGACCAAACCCAUUGAGAUAUAGACCUGGACCAAACCCAUGGAGAUAUAGACCUGGACCAAACCCAGUGAGAUAUAGACCUGUACCAAACCCAGUGAGAUAUAGACCUGGACCAAACAUAUUGAGAUAUACUGUAGACCUGGACCAAACCCAUUGAGAUAUAGACCUGGACCAAACCCAGUGAGAUAUAGACCUGGACCAAACCCAUUGAGAUAUAGACCUGGACCAAACCCAGUGAGAUAUAGACCUGGACCAAACCCAUUGAGAUAUAGACCUGGACCAAACCCAGUGAGAUAUAGACCUGGACCAAACCCAUUGAGAUAUACUGUAGACCUGGACCAAACAUAUUGAUAUAUACUGUAGACCUGGACCAAACAUAUUGAGAUAUACUGUAGACCUGGACCAAACAUAUUGAGAUAUACUGUAGACCUGGACCAAACCCUGCUACUACUACGUCUAACCCACCUAGAUCUAUCUGUGACAUGAGUGUCAAUAUACAUUUAAUCAACAUUUAAUUCAGUUAAAUUUCUGUUGGCACCAAUCGUACUCCAUACUCGGGUUACCAGGGACAGGAGAAUAUUUAUCAUCUAGGAGUGUAGCAGCCAAUCAUCAUAGGGCCUUUAGAUUCUCAACACAGCUCAUUAAA